AUGUCGACUAACGACGAGCUUUACAAAGAAGGAGGAGCUUUGGGCGUUUAUUCGUAUUACUAUCAAUCUAAAAAAGACAGCUUUAGCAGAAUAAGACUCACGUCUCCAAUUAGAAAACACAGCAUGGCGAAUGGUGGAGAACACGCUCCUCCGUCACGAUUACACACUCCGCUUUCGUUCCAGAGUGGCCGGCGUCUAGACGUCAUGAGUCCGCGGCCGAUUGGCGACGAGCUGUUUGGUACUCACAAGGAGCUGGUAUUGGACGAUGUACAGCCCCGGCAAGCGAUAAAGCCCUCGACUGUGGAUCUGUGGGUCAAGGUGAUGUCUCUUUUGGCUGGUAAAGACAAGGUUGGCAAAUGCAUUCAGUACGGUUUGCGGAUUCUCAUAUUGUACUCGAUUCGCACCAGAAAGACACAGUUAUUCAACAACCUCAAGCUCACGCAGCUUGAUUUCAACGAAAAGACGUCCAGCGUGCUUGCGCAGCUGGUCAAGCGGCCCGAUUUGCUUGUGAUACUGUUUCUGGGUCAGUUAGAGUCGAAAUCGGUCGGACUCACCAAAGUUCUCUCGAUCUACAGACAGAUGCUACGUGCGGGGACUGUUCCUAUGAAGGUUAUCAAGCUGUUUAGCCGAGUGUUUGACACGCUGAGUCUGCUACAGUCGCGCGAGAAGGCAUCUGUGAAGCUGAUCAAGGUCAAGGAGGACUGGUUUAACUACAAGAGUCUGGGCGAGGUGAUGGCGUUGUACUAUGCCUGGUUCGACGAGACGCUAUUGGCGUUCAAGGUGGGGAUCUUGGACGAGAAAAAGAUGCCUGCUUACCGCAAGUUUGCGGGUAAACACGAGGCCAUUGCGUGGUACUGCACGAUCGUUCUUGGACUACGCACCCAGUUCGAGAAACUGUCGCAAUUGAGCAAUAAAGAGAACUCGCUAAAGAUCAACUACCAGGUGAAGCAGCGAGCCAAACGACUGGUUUCCACGAUCAAACCAGAACAAUCCCCUAUCUCGUUUGUUGGGUCGCCGGAUCUUUCAGAGAGCAUGCAGCUUGCUCAGUAUUCGAACGAACUCAAAGCCAUUUCUGAGGAAAAGUACAUGGUACAACUGGAGGUGCUCAAACUGCUCUGCGACCUGGCAUACGACUCGGUGGUGGUGUUCAAAUUGAAAAUUGACGAGCCGUUCCACCUGAUGUUCGGGUUCGGCGCCGCUUUCAUCUCGUUGUCCAAGAUUUGGAGAACAGAAAAGCGCAAAAUGGUGCAAGCACUCAACCAGUCGUGA